GCAUCAUCAACAAACAACAAACAACAAACAACAUCAACAGCCCAGUCCGCUCCUUCACACUAGACCCGACCCCGGCAGGGACCAUUCACCUCUCGCCCCGUCGACGGCUGUACGCCCUAUAUACAAACGACCGUCUUCACAAUCUUCCUUGUACAUACGAGAUCAAGCGCAGGCCCGGCGCCCCAGGCAACCACAUCUGCUUCGCGACGAACAAUCGGAAGCCGCUCGGAGUCACGAAAAGCGCGUGCAUGUCUUCAUCGAUCUUCUUCUUUGGUGAUUCGCGAAUGCCUCAGUUUCUUCGCCGCGCUGCCACGAGCCCAUAAUAUCCUUAGAACGAGCCUUCACGCAGUAUCCAGCCGAUAUACGAGCUAGCCAACAUCUUAUGCUUGGCCCAGCGUCCACAGACACCCGCCACUAGAAUCGUCGGCAACUCCAACCCGCCGUCGCUGGGAAUCUCUACUGCCUGACAUCUUUCAGCAAUGUCUGGGCCUUUCGACACGGUCAAGUCGGACCCCAUAGAACCCUUCGCCCGGACACAAGAGCCGGACGAGGGAUACUCCGAACACCCUCUCUACUCUGCCGUGGCGAGCGCGUAUACCGCAAAUGGCGCCAUCAUCCCGACGCAAUCCCUUGAAGAACUUGCAGCCUGGUUGUCUACCCACAAGCACAGCAUCUCUCUGCAGGACAAGACGAAUCUUGCCAUGCUCCUUCUCAAUGACCUGCCAACAACCGUCAUUGCCGACAUCGUCAUGAACCACCUCAACCCUCGCCUAUACAUUAAUUUUGUGGACCACCUGCCACCGGAAAUAUGUCUCAAGAUCUUUGGCUACCUGGACCCAAUGUCCCUAAUUCAUCUUGCUAUGUGCUGUCGAGGCUGGUACGAUCUCGCCCUCGACCGGAAGCUGUGGGAGCGACUAUACUAUCUUGAGGGCUGGCAGGCGGUCUUGCCAGAAAUCGAGGCUGCCGAGCAGCGCAUGAACGAUACACAAAUGCACAGCCAGAGAUGCCUCUCACCAGAAGAAGAGCAUGCAAGCAAACGACGGGCUGUCUCAGAUCCAGCUGGCGGUGACGAUCGGGAUGCAGAGAUGCCGGAUGUUGACCAGCUUUCAAGACAUGAGCUUCGGGAUACUGCCAUGACAGGCACAAGCCUGUUUGGCGGGCCUUUGGCUAAAGGCAGCGGCUCGUCCACCAGGACAACAACAAGCGUCACACAACACUUGGACGACCUCAUGGUGGCUUCCCCCAGCCCGGUGUCAGGCCCAUCAAAACGUCCGCCAUCGAGCAUAGACAAGGGCAAAGGACGAGCUACGACGGGAACGAGCUUUGACUCAGGUGUGGUCGUAGGCCACACGACACAGCUGCCGAAAGCUGCAUUGUGGCUACUCGACCAACGCGACGGGCGGUACAAGCUCAACUGGAAGUAUCUCUACACCAUGCGGAAACGGCUUGAGAAGAACUGGGAUCGCGGGCGCUUCACAAACUUCCAGCUUCCUCACCCUGAUUAUGUCGAGGAGGGGCACAAGGAGUGCAUCUACAGCUUACAGUACAACGCCGAGUAUCUUGUCAGUGGAAGCAGGGAUAAGUCGAUACGCAUCUGGAACCUGCAAACGCGACGACUCGUACGUCCACCGCUCCAGGACCACACUGGCUCGGUAUUAUGCCUACAAUUCGACUCAGACCCCGAUGAAGAUUUGAUUGUAUCCGGAAGCAGCGAUUCGGACGUGAUUCUAUGGCGCUUCUCAACAGGCCAGAUAAUACAGCGCCUGCGAAGGGCACACCAAGAAUCUGUGCUCAACGUCAAAUUCGACAAGCGAAUCCUGGUGACGUGUUCCAAGGACCGUACAAUCAAGAUCUUCAAUCGUGUACCACUGCGGGCCGGCGAUGUUGGUUACGGUGACAUCAAUACGGUUUCCCCUGUCCCCAUCAAUCUCAAGGACUAUGGAUAUGAUGAUCCUUUGAGCCAGCUGCCAAUCAAGCCGCCUUACACGAUGAUUGGAUGCUUGGAAGGUCACGGUGCAGCUGUCAACGCCGUCCAGAUCUGCAACAAUGAGAUUGUCUCGGCUAGUGGCGAUCGACAUAUCAAGGUCUGGGACUGGCCGAACCAGAUCUGCCGGAGAACUUUCCUAGGGCACAACAAGGGCAUCGCCUGCGUACAAUACGACGGUCGUAGGAUUGUCAGCGGCAGCAGUGAUAAUGAGGUCAAGGUCUUUGAUCGAGAGACUGGACUCGAGGUUGCGAGUCUCCGCGCUCACAGCAAUUUGGUGCGAACCGUACAAGCCGGCUUUGGUGACCUCCCUUACAGUGUCGAGGAAGAUCACAUGCAGGCCAGGGCGGUCGAUCAAGCAUACUUCAAGGCCAGAGAUGCUGGAGAGCUCGACGAGCACGAGCAGUUGAGAAACCGCCCGCUCAACUCGGGAAGUCGUCGGCCGCAGGAUAUCACAGCCUAUGGAGCGAAGCUUCCUCCAGGUGGCGGAGGUGGUCCUUACGGACGUAUCGUCUCGGGCUCGUAUGAUCAGACAAUCAUUAUUUGGCGUCGCGACGAGGAAGGAGUCUGGCGAAGCGCGCACAUUUUGCGACAGGAGGAAGGCGCACAAGCAGCGCUCCAGCAAAACCCGUCGCGAAACACUGCUCCCAGAGCUGAGAGGCCAUCCUCGCCGCCCGUGUCAGCCAGCAGGCGGCCUUCACCAGCACAGCUCACCACGCAGCCGCCACAGCCUCCGGCAAGUGCGCCACCUCUGCUUCAGCCCAGCUCCGUCCCUAACCAUGGUCUGGCACACGCACGGCCGGCUGGCCCACCACAAAGCAGUGUCCCGUAUAUGCGGAUGAUUGAUAGCAUCAUACCUCAAGGACCAGGUGCGCUCCAGCAAGCACUGGCGACAUACCCGACCAUGCUGUCAUAUCAUAGUCACAUCCAAGCAGCUAUCGAUCGUGAGCCGAAUCCCAACAGUCGGCGGCAACUGCGACAGGUUGUCACGAACGCGCUCAUUCGUGUACAAAUAGCCCAGAACCGAACAGUGGCAUCGCUUCAAGACGGAUCCGCGACUCAACUACCAGGGUUGUCGCAGCUAGAUCGGCCCGAUGCUGUCGAUCAGCUCCAAUCUCUGGCAUCAUCAUCACGAGCAGCGAGCGGUUCCGUCAGCGAACGCGCGAAUGCAUUCGCGGCAGGGCCCUCUGCACUACCAGCUAUCUCGAAUCUCAUGAACCCGCGGCUUCAGUCACUGACUGGUCAAGGACAACCGCCAGUGCAACUCGCCCCUCCUUUGAUCCAGCCGCAGCACGCACAGACUCUGCCAGUUCCCCAAGGAGCUUCUGUGCUACCAGCAGACAACGAUGCUGCUGGUGGGGCUGGCGGUCAUCAUCAGCAGCAGCAGCAGCAGCAACAGCAACAACAACAUCACCAGCAGCAUCAUGGGCUUCUUCAAAGCCAGCAGCACCAUCCUCACAUUGCCCAGGGAGAUGCCGCGGCCAACCCGGCACGCAUCUUCAAACUGCAGUUUGACGCGCGACGCAUCAUCUGCUGCAGUCAGACAAGUACGAUUGUGGGUUGGGAUUUCUGUAACGGCGACCCAGAGCUCGAAGAGGUCGCGCGGUUCUUUGCCACUGUCGAAUGAGCGUUGUGCUCCCCAGUGAGUAUCAAGCAGGAAGUGCAAAUGCGGGCAGGUGGUGUUAGUACAGGCGAUCAGGGGCCCCAUUGGUUUUCUGGAGCACAGAGGCUCAUGAGAGCGGCCGUAUGAUGUAAUGCAGCAGAUUUAUCCUCAUGAACAAGAAGCGUGUCACUAGACAUUUUAAUGAUAUGAAGCCCUAGUAUUGUUUCG